CCUCCCCCCUGAAGUCAGCCCGCUGUCAGCGCUCGCAAUGGAUGCUGGGAAAGGAGGACGGGACGUCAUAAUAGGAAGAAGACAAGUACGAUAUGAAUCAACAGACUGAACUUCUACGUUUUCUCCCGUUUUGAUCCUUUUUCUGUGAUUUCUUGCUGGUGAGCAGCUCCUGACGACAUGGAGACGGAUAGUGUGAGCAUAUGGCCAUGCAUGGAACCCUUCCUACUGGGUGCUCUGCAAGUGGCUCCUUCCUCCAAACUCGGCCUUCACUAUCUUCGUAAAAUGGCAAGUUAUGUGCGAACACGAGAUGGCUGUUAUCCUGCUUUGGGCUGGCCUAUGUGGAGACACAUCGCCUGUGGAAAGCUGUUGCUUUCAGAAGACAUGGCAUGGCUCUAUUUUGAGACCUUUGACCUUCUUGUGAGUCACACACCACAAGAAAGGCUGGAACGAGCUGAGAGCCUGUCCCAGUGCACUUCCAAAAUUGAUCUGGACCAACAAAGGGACGAGCUGUCUGUGGACACUCUGCGAUUCCUCCUCUUUCUCUACAUUCAACAGCUGAACCGCGUGUCUUUGCGCAAAUCUCUGAUUGGUGAAGAGUGGCCCAACCGCCGUUCAGAACGAGAGGCCAAGACAAGCUCUCAGAACAAGAACUGGGAUGAUCAGGCCCAUCUGUCAUUUAUACAAAAUCAUCUGGCAGAUAUUUUGUCACUGUUGGUGGAGCCCAGCCAGCUGUUACAAUCAGGACAAGCCCCAAGAGACUGCCAGGUAUCACUGGAGGCUGUGCGAAGCUUGGGUCUGCUCAUGGAAGGUUCAGCUGGUCAUGGAAAACCUGCUCAGCCAGUCCACCGGCUGCUGACCAAGGGUCCCCUCCAAACACAAGCUGGGUACUCUCCACUGAGCCAUUCCUUCACCCUGCACAAGCUCCUCUCUUGUCUACAACACASCCUUGUCCUCAACCCCUUUGGGAUCACUGCAUGCCUUCGCUCAGGGAAGAAACUAGCCUGGGCUCAACAAGUGGAAGGGGCCAUGAAAAGAGCCAGGAUAGCCAGGAAUACCCACAUAGCUCCACCUGGCAGUAAGAUGGUGCUGAUGUCCCAAGUCUUUAAACAGACUCUGGCUAAAACAUCAGACAAGCUGACCGGUGCCAAUAUAAAGAUUCACAGAUGUUCUGAUGCCUUCAUAUACCUUCUCUCUCCUCUCAGAUCCGUCAGUGUAGAUAAGUGCUGUAACAGCACAGUGGUUCUGGGUCCAGUCCAGACCUGUGUCCACAUCUACAGCUGCCAGAACAUACGUGUGGUCUGUGUGGCUGGCAGAGUUGCAAUUGGUGCCUCCUCGCAUUGCACUGUCCACACACUGACCCCCACGCGACCGCUGCUCCUGCCUGGAAACACGGACAUCAUUCUGGGUCCUUUCCACACGUUCUACCCCUCACUGGAGGACCACAUGGCCAGUGUGGGGCUUGCUGUGGUUCCCAAUGUCUGGAAUCAGCCUUUGGUUUUAGGGACCGACGGCCUAGCAAGUUCUGCACCCAACCUGUCGUCCAGCCAGAAUGCUGCCUGCUAUCGUCUGUUGCCCCCAUCGGAGUUUCAUAUUCUGGCUGUGCCUUUCCAGAUGGAGGGCGACACAUAUGAGGUGCCCGGUGGGUUACCCAACGAGUACAAGGCUGCAGUGGCUGAAAAGCAGAAGAGAAUUCAGAGCUGGCAGAAAAUGGUGAUGGAGGCUCAGUUGAGCAAAGAACAGAAGCAACAGUUCCGGGAGUUGGUGGAAUUAAAGUUCCAGGAGUGGCUUCUUGAAACCGGGCACCGUCAGGAACUCGACAGUUUGAUCCCGUCUAUGAUAACCUCUCUAAAGGACUCCAGUGGUGCAGGAACAGACCCCAGCCAAGUUAAAGAUGCCAAACAUACAAGGACCACACCAGAGCAGGGACAGUCACCCAUGGCUUUUUGAGCCUUUGGCAUUGCUUCUGUUUUUUUSUUUGUGGGAUAAUUGUACUUGAUAAUUCAACUGUGUACAGAUGAACUGCCUGUGGUCUGCAGCUUGGUCCAACUCAGGGAGAUAUGGAUGUGCUGAUCCAGGUUUUAGCACAGCUUCAAGUUGUUUAUCAACAGUUUGCUCUAAAGAUAAAGUCUUUUCCAUAGGAGGACAAGUUAGGAUGCUGUAAAAAUAUGAUUUUUUUUCACAAGAUUUAAAAAAAAGUAAAACUUAAUAUAAGUUAAAGAUACAAGUGUAUGUUUGGGUUUUGUGUUGUCUGACAACUUUUUGUGAUAGAAAACUAUUUUUUUGUUUGUUUGUUUAAAAAAAUAAAGAAAAAUGCAAAAGACAACCUCAGGUCAAACUGAUUAAAAAAAGCUGAAAUUCUAAGUUUUGCUGCUUUCCACCAUAAAGCAACAUCAUUUUGUUAAACAGAAACCAGGUAUCUUUUAUUUUUAUCCAUUACAUCUCCUGUAAUUCUUGUACAAGACUAAACAUUAAAUGUCCUUUUCAAGGAAGGUCCCGCAUUUUUCAGCAAGACCGUUAAAUCACAUUGCAUCCAUUACAAAAGGACAGCUUUUUAGUAGAAGAGCAGAAGUGAUGAACUGGUCUGCCUGCAGUCCAGGCCUCUCAACAACUGAAAACAUUUGAUGCAACAAGUGAUUUCUAGAACAGAAUCAGAKCAGUUUUUAAUGCAGAGUUGCCUGAGGGUCCAAAGAUUACAAGCAUUAAAUACUGACUUCUCAGCCUUGUUCUUUGAAUGCAGAUUUCUCCAGAAUUUUAAAAUAUUUUGAUGAUUCAAACUGUAGGUGAUGGUGUAAAUAAAAUCUUCCCAAUUGUAA